AUGGUUCGCCUCCGAGAGAUUCCCAGGACCGCGGCCUUCGCUUGGUCGCCUGGUUCGGAGAAGCCUCUUGUCGUCAGCGGUACCCGUGCCGGCGCAGUGUCCGAUGACUUCUCCGAUGAGACCAAGCUUGAGCUUUGGGACCUCAACCUAGACGACCAAGACCAGGGACUCGAGCUUCAACCUGUUGCCAGUAUCAGUACCGACUCGAGGUUCUACGACAUUGCCUGGGGUCCAGCCGACGAGGACCACCCCCGUGGCAUCAUUGCUGGAGCUCUGGAGAACGGAUCCCUCGAUUUGUGGGAUGCUGAGAAGCUCAUCGCCGGCGCCGAGGAUGCCUUGAUCUCGAGGACCACGAAGCACACCGGCGCCAUCAAAUCUCUGCAGUUCAACCCCCUGCGGCCUCAAAUCCUCGCGACUGCAGGUGCAAAGGGCGAGCUCUUCGUCUACGACGUCAAUGACAUCGAAAACCCCUUCCGCCUUGGCACCGCUGCGGCUCGGUCCGACGAUCUCGAGUGCGUCGCAUGGAACAGGAAGGUCUCGCACAUUCUCGCUACCGGUGGAUCUGGUGGCUUUGUCACCGUCUGGGACCUGAAGACGAAGAAGGCCAGCUUAACACUGAACAACAACCGCAAGGCUGUCAGCGCCAUCGCAUGGGACCCCAACAAUUCGACGAAGCUCCUGACGGCGACUCCUGACGACUCGGCCCCCCUGAUUCUUCUGUGGGAUCUGAGGAACUCCAACGCGCCCGAGAAGUCGCUGCAGGGUCACGACCAAGGCGUGCUCUCGCUAUCGUGGUGCCAGCAAGACGGCGACCUUUUGAUCUCCAGCGGCAAGGACAACAGGACUCUGAUCUGGAACCCCCAGACCGGAGAGCGCUAUGGCGAGUUCCCCGAGGUUACCAACUGGACUUUCCUCACCCGCUUCAACCCCCACAACCCCAACCUGUCGGCCACGGCAGGAUUCGACGGCAAGAUCGCCAUUCAGACACUGCAGAACACCAACUCGACCUCCGCGCAGGCCACGCAACAGCAGAACAAGCUGGAUGGAGAGGACUUUUUCAACCAGGCGCAGACCCAACCGCAGGGCGCCUCUUUCUCCCUAGCUAAAGCCCCCAAGUGGAUUCAGCCGCCCAUUGGUGCCUCCUUUGGUUUUGGCGGCAAGCUCGUUAUCUUCAAGCCACAGCCGGGCCAGGCCAGGGCUUCCAAGGUCAUCAUUUCCCAGUUCUCGGUUGACUCUGAUAUUGGCACCGCCACGGAGAAGUUUGAGGCCUCGCUGCAGUCCGGCGACCUGGUCGGCAUUUGUGAAACCCACAAGGACCAGGCUGCGACUGAAGAGGAGAAGGCCGACUGGCUUGUGAUGGAGACUCUGACCGGUGAUAACCCUCGGAAGGCGAUCAUUGAGCACCUCGGAUUCACCGAAGAAGAAAUCGUCAACGGCACUGCCGCCGAAGAGACCAAGGAGAAGACCGAAACCACCUCGGACGCCGAGAAGGAGGCCGAGGAGCCCAAAUCUGCGUCUAAGAGGGUCUCCGGGUUCUUUGCCGAUGGUGAGGGCGACGGCGAUGAGGACGAUUUCCUCAGCGGCAUCCCUGCUACCAAAGGCACCAAGACGGAUAGCCCGUUCAACCUGCUCAGCGAGAACGACUCGGCGGUUGAGAAGCAAAUCACCAAGGCGCUUCUGCUGGGCAACUUCACCAAGGCCGCCGAGAUUUGCCUGAAGGAGGAGCAAUUUGCCGAGGCCUUCCUACUCGCCAACUGCGGCGGCCAGGAGCUGGUCGACAAGGUCCAGAAAGCCUACUUGGCACGCAAGAGUGGACGCCCGAGCUACGUCCGCCUGCUCAGCAGCGUCAUCGAUAAGAACCUUUGGGAUGUCGUCUACAACGCUGAUCUUGAGAAUUGGAAGGAGACCAUGGCUGUCCUCUGCACGUUCUCAGACCCCCAGGAGUUCCCCGACCUGUGCGAGGCCCUUGGCGACCGUGUCUUUGACCACGGCCUUCGCAAGGAUGCUUCCUUCUGCUACCUUGUUGGAUCCAAGCUGGAGAAGGUCGUCAACAUCUGGAUCGCUGAGCUGCAGGAGGCCGAAAAGGCUGGUCUUACAGAGCCCUCUGACGACUCGACCUUCUCUGUCCACGCCCGCUCGCUUCAGAACUUCAUCGAGAAGGUUACCAUCUUCCGCCACGUUACCAAGUUCCGAGACUCCGAGAAGGAGUUGACUGAGGGCUGGAAGCUGGCUGCUUUGUACGAUAAGUACACCGAGUACGCUGACAUUAUCGCCGCCCACGGACAACUCGCGGUGGCCCAGAAGUACCUGGACUUCCUGCCCACCAAGUACCCCGCCGCCGACCUGGCGCGAAACAGACUGCAGCUGGCGACGGGCACCAAGAAGGCUGCCCCCCAGGCCACCGCCUCCAGGCAGGCAGCUCGCCAGCCUACUCCCCGCCAGAACUUUGUGCCCCAGCAGCCACAGCCUGCCCAGCCGGCGCUCAACCCUUACUCUGCCCCGACGCCUGCCCAGACCCCCGGUAGCAACCCCUACGCGCCCCCGACGCCGAACCUGUACGCUCCUCCGGCCACUUCCACCCCCUAUGCUCCUUCUGGAGGCUACCAGCAGCCGGCGCCCACGCCACAGCAAAGCUACCAGGCUUCGACUGGCUACGGCGCCCCCACGAACCAGUUCAACAACCAGUUUGGCGCCCCGCCUCGAGGACCAACACCGACAGCCCCCCCGCCCCGUGCCGGAGCCAAGCCGACGGAGAACUGGAACGACGUGCCUCUGGUCGCAAGGGCUGCUCCUCCUCCACGGAGGUCUACGCCCAGCGUCGCCCCUGUCACAUCUCCCUUUGCCAGCCAGCCCGGUCACCCUGGACCACCUCCCCAGGGACCCUGCGGACAGCGAACGGGGGCUACGCCGCCACCCCCUCCUCCGAAGGCCUCUGGACCCCCCCGUGUCACCUCUCCCCUGUCUGGACCUCCGCAGUCCUUCCAGGGGCCACCGAGGCCUACGUCGUCUGCCAGCAACGUUUAUGCUCCUCCAACACCUCAGCCUGGCUCUGUGCCGCACCCGCAGAUUCCUCAGAUGCCGCCCCGCACCGCUUCGCCCUAUGGUGCUCCUCCUGGCGGAGCGCCUCCUUCCAACCGGUAUGCGCCUAGCCCCGCAGCGCAGCAGACGAACCAGCCUCCUCAGGGACCAGUGCCCUCGGCAGGGCCUCCUCUGGGCAGCGCACCGCCCCCAAGGAACCCGUACGCGCCACCGCCAUCUGCGGGAACCCCUCAAAGCCAGUACGCGCCUUCGCCCUACCAGGCGCCUCCGCAGGCAUCCGGUCCGCCCCCGACGGGCCCUCCCCCCGGCGGUCCGCCCCCUUCAGCAGGACCUCCUCCCGGUGGACCGCCUACGGGCGCCAGGCCGACGCCUCCUCCGCCAAGAGCCUCAGCACCCCCCGCGGCGAGGCAUCCCGCCGGCGACCGCAGUCACAUCCCGGCUAAUGCACAGCGCCUAGUUGAGGUGUUCAGCUCGGAUAUGCAAAGGGUCGCUAGCAAGGCGCCAGCGUCGUUCGGGCCUCAGGUUAAGGACACGCAGAAGCGUCUCAACCUUUUGUUUGACCACCUCAACAACCAAGAACUGGUGCAGCCUGAUACGAUUGAGAAGCUCAACCAGAUCGCCGAGGCUCUUCAAGCGAGGGACUACGACGGGGCGCAGGCCCUGCAGGUGGAAGUUCAGCGUGAGAAGACGACGGAGUGCGGCAACUGGAUGGUCGGUGUCAAGCGACUGAUCAGCAUGAGCAAGGCUACGCCUUGA